GCGGCAAAGGCGACAGAAUGGAGGAGGUGCCUCACGACUGUCCAGGGGCCGACAGCGCCCAGGCGGGCAGAGGGACUUCAUGUCAGGGAUGCCCCAACCAGCGGCUGUGCGCUUCUGGAGCGGGGGCCACUCCAGACCCGGCUAUAGAGGAAAUCAAAGAGAAAAUGAAGACCGUAAAACACAAAAUCUUGGUAUUGUCUGGGAAAGGCGGUGUUGGGAAAAGCACAUUCAGCGCCCAUCUUGCCCAUGGCCUAGCAGAGGAUGAAAACACACAGAUUGCUCUUCUAGACAUCGAUAUAUGUGGGCCAUCGAUUCCCAAGAUAAUGGGAUUGGAAGGAGAACAGGUUCACCAGAGUGGCUCAGGCUGGUCUCCAGUGGUGAGUUUUCACCUCUUUAAAAGAAAGGAAAUAAGCACCCCCUGCGGAUUCCUCUUUCUAGGCAUGAUCAAGCAGUUCCUCCGAGAUGUGGACUGGGGAGAGGUCGACUACCUCAUCGUGGACACCCCACCCGGGACGUCAGAUGAACACCUCUCGGUCGUCCAGUACCUGGCCGCCGCACACAUCGACGGAGCGGUGAUCAUCACCACUCCCCAGGAGGUGUCACUCCAAGAUGUCCGGAAAGAAAUCAACUUCUGCCGCAAGGUGAAGCUGCCCAUCAUCGGGGUGGUGGAGAACAUGAGUGGAUUCAUCUGUCCUAAAUGCAAGAAAGAAUCUCAGAUAUUCCCUCCCACGACCGGGGGUGCGGAGCUCAUGUGCCAGAACCUGGAGGUCCCUCUCCUCGGCAGAGUGCCCCUGGAUCCACUCAUAGGUAAGAAUUGUGACAAAGGCCAGUCCUUCUUCAUUGACGCCCCAGAUUCCCCAGCCACAUUAGCCUACAGAAGUAUAAUUCAGAGAAUCCAAGAGUUUUGUGAUCUCCGUCAGUCAGAAGAAGAGAACCUCAUCAAUUCCUGAAAUGAGAGAAUGUUCAGAACCAAGCAGUUACCAAGUGAGGUACUCCCUGGGCAGGACGUCCAGCCAGACCCGACCAGCUCCGGAACGGGGUGGGUCACAGCAAAAAGGAACCAGAUGCUGGCGUAGUCCAAAGCCACUUUCGCAGAGACACUUUAAUCAUCGAGUAUUUGUACACUUUUCCUUAGAACAUAUAUAAAGGGCAUUCUCUACAAAUAUGCCGUUUUAAGAAUAAAACCCCCUCCUCAAACCUC